GCUGCGGACAGCUGGAGGCCUGCGGGGGGCGCAUGCCGCGGGGCAUGCACGGGCCGGCGGUCCAGAAGAACGGUCCCGGAGUCAGCGCCCCCGCGCCUCCCGGCUCGGGAAGGUGCAGGCGGAGGACGGAAGAACAGACAGCCCGAUGCUUUGGCUGUGUGAGCGCGCGGAGGGCGGCGGGGGCGGUGGUGCUGCAGGCAUUUCCCCAGCCGUGCGCUCAGCCUCCCCGCGCACUUCGGGGAAGUUUCCAGGAGCGGCCCGAGGCAGGUAAUCUGACAUUUGAAAGAUUCUGCUCCCCCCUGAAGAGGAAACAUUUCAAAGGAACACGGGAUGUAGAAGAAGCAAUUUCCAUGGGCAUCUCCAUGGACGGUGUGCCAGUCCAUCCCUCACUGAGACCAUGAUAUCUGCCAGUGUCUUGGGUGCUUCCACGUUCUCCGGCGAGAAUUCUUCCACUUCAUUUUGUGCCAUGGGGAAAACCUGAAGGACCGGCGGGAUUGCUCCUGAACUUGUGGCUUUUCCAGCGGUUGCAGUGGCGCGGGCAGAACAUGACGAUCGGCCAUCACGUCCUUGAGUUUUCUCUCGGAGUCGAACCAAAGAACGCCCUUCCUCGUUCUUGCGUGCUUUGGCACUUGCUCAUUUUUAUAUUUGUUGCUGCUGCUUGUGCCUUCCGACCAUCUCAUGUAAUCACAAGACGUCAUUAGAGUUCCGCAGCACGACCUGCACGUACCCGACUCCUUGCCCAUGGCUCGGUGGGCCGGCCGCCCACGGGUGUUACCAUGAGGCACUGCGUUAACUGCUGCAUACAGUUGUCACCCGACGACACACACAAACAGCGGAUCGGCUGCCAGGGAGGCCCCCAGCACUGCUGCCAGGAGUGCCCCACGUGCAAGGGAGAGAACAAAAUAGUGUUCCGUGUGGACGGUAAACAGAUGAACUUGCUUGCUGUUCUCGAAGUGAGGGCUGAGGGGAGCGAGAGCUGGGGCGGGUUGUUGCGUUUCAAGAAGGGAAAGCGAUGCAGCCUUGUUUUUGGGUUGAUAAUAAUGACCCUGGUGAUGGCCUCCUACAUCCUUUCUGGGGCCCACCAAGAGCUUCUCAUCUCAUCGCCUUUCCAUUACGGAGCCUUCCCCAGCAAUCCCAGCUUGACGGACGGUGAAAACCCAAGUGACAUGAAAGAGCAUCAUCACCAGCCCUCUGUAAAUAAUAUUUCAUUCAUCAAGGACUACCCGAGCAUUAAAUUAAUUAUCAACAGCAUCACAGCCAGGAUUGAGUUCACGACCAGACAGCUCCCAGACAUAGAAGAUCUCAAGAAGCAGGAAUUGCACAUGUUUUCGGUCAUCCCCAACAAAUUUCUUCCAAAUAGCAAGAGCCCGUGCUGGUACGAGGAGUUCCCGGGGCGGAACAGCACCGACCCCUACGUGAGCAACUCGUACGCGCUCUACUCGCGGCGCUUCCGCUCCACCUUCGACGCCCUGCGCAAGGCCUUCUGGGGCCACCUGUCCCACGCCGCCGGCAGGCACUUCCGCCUGCGCUGCCUGCCGCACUUCUACAUCAUCGGGCAGCCCAAGUGCGGCACCACCGACCUGUACGACCGCCUGCGGCUGCACCCCGAGGUCAAGUUCUCCGCCAUCAAGGAGCCGCACUGGUGGACGCGGAAGCGCUUUGGAAUUGUCCGCCUGAGAGAUGGGCUGCGAGAUCGCUACCCCGUGGAAGAUUACCUGGACCUCUUUGACCUGGCCGCACACCAGAUCCAUCAAGGACUGCAGGCCAACUCUGCGAAGGAGCACAGCAAGAUGAAUAGAAUCAUUAUCGGGGAGGCCAGCGCCUCCACCAUGUGGGACAACAACGCCUGGACCUUCUUCUACGACAACAGCACGGAUGGCGAGCCGCCUUUUCUGACCCAGGACUUCAUCCACGCCUUUCAGCCAGACGCAAAACUGAUCGUCAUGCUCAGGGACCCCGUGGAGAGGUUGUACUCAGACUAUCUCUACUUUGCAAGUUCGAAUAAAUCUGCAGACGACUUCCAUGAAAAAGUGGCAGAAGCUCUGCAGCUGUUUGAAAGUUGCAUGCUUGACUAUUCACUGCGUGCCUGCGUCUACAACAACAGCCUCAACAAUGCCAUGCCUGUGAGGCUGCAGGUCGGGCUGUACGCCGUGUAUCUCCUGGACUGGCUCACUGUUUUCAAUAAAGAACAGUUCCUCGUUCUUCGCCUGGAAGACCACGCAUCCAACGUCAGCUACACCAUGCACAGGGUCUUCCAGUUUCUCAGCCUCGGGCCCUUAAAUGAGAAACAAAUGGCCUUGAUGACAAAGAGCCCCGCGUCCAACGCCCGGCGUCCUGAGGACCGGAGCCUGGGGCCCAUGUGGCCAGUCACGCAGAGGAUCCUGCAGGACUUCUACCGGCCUUUCAAUGCCAGGCUGGCACAGGUCCUUGCCGACAAGGCCUUCGCCUGGAGGAAGACGUGAGGCUGAGUCCCCGCCGUCAGCACGGGCCCACGGCUUGGUCGUUGCCACGAUUAUGAAAAUCUCUCUGUGGGGACCGCCGUCCUCAUAGCGUGCAGAAAACCCCGAGAUUCGAGGCUUCUUUCCCUCCCAGGCACGUGUUUAUUACAACCUCUCGGAAUGUCCUCUGUGACGGCAAAUAGCCUGGCAGCUGACCCUCCGCAGCGCUCCUCUGCUGGGCACCUGGACACCCCACUUCUAUCACCUUCUGCUCCGAGAGUGGCCGGCGCUCGGGGAGGCGAGGCCGGCGGGAGCUGGGCCGGUGCCGAGAGGGAGGCGUUGAACGUGGGGCUUGACGGUUCUGGGAUCCGACCGAGCGAGUUCGAGGUCGCGCCACGGGGCUUGCUGGCUCUUCCUUCGCAUUCAGUUCCGAAACACUCUGUGUCGGGAUUUCUGCAAAGAUCACUGACUCAUUUGGCAGGAAAUCGGAGGCUCUUGCAUUUUUUUCCCCUUUUACUGCAAAGUCAGCCCUCAGUCUCUUCAGAGAUAAACCCCCCUGUCUCUGCGACCUCCUCCCCGCCCCCUGUGGACUUAGUGUCUGACAUGGAAAAUGAAUGCGCUCGAAACGAGCCACUUUCUGUUUCCACUCGCCAGAGCUCUCUUUUCUGCCUCUUGAGAAGUUUCCACAAGCGUCGAUUCAGUUCAUGCUCGAAGUGUAAAUUCAGUUUAUCCCUGGGAGGGAGAUUUGGGCUGUUAAUGCCAGACUGAGCAGCUUGCAGGAGCCGAAUGCUUCGUGGGCAUCUAGGUAACCGGACCGUCCUUCACUCGGCCAUCACCCCGGGAGGGCGUUUGAGGUGUUCGGCCUGGCCGCCCACAAGCUCCACUGCUCUGCCUCCCCCCGGAGUGAGCCUGUGACCCCCGUGCUCUGCUGUGUGUGGCCGGAGGCCCCUACUCUGCACAGACUGCAAGGUGCUCCUGGUCUGAGGCAGAGACACAACGCGUGAGCCAAACCAAGGCUGAACGUGGCAGGUCGGGAUUCUUAAUGGAACUUUCUGGGCCACGUGGCAGCUUGCUUCACUGAUGGGUCAGCUAAAGGUUUUGUCAUUUUGUCAUAUCGGAGGCGAUGGGGAAAGCCCAGGCGGGACCCCAGGGAGGCUUUGCCCUGGGGCGUCAUCCAGGGGAGCUCGCUGCAAACCGGGGUUCUCAGGCUGGGCCCUGGACGCAGUCGGUGCCCAGACCCCUCCGUGCCCAGCUGUCACUCGCAGACGUGAGGGUUUGCUCAGGCUCCAGCCCUUGUGCCAUGGUGGUUCUGCCGUCAGAGGUGGGACACACGGCCCCUUUGAAGGCGGGCGGAGGGCCCUGGUCCCGGCACAGCCAGGCCGCAGUCUGCUGCUGACGGAGCUGUGUGUGCUGGACACCCACCUUCAGGGACAGCCCCCUGUCCUCUCACUGGGCACUCCGUGCAGCAGCCCCCCGGGAAACCUGGCCCUAGCACAGGGUGCGUUAGGGGACAGACAGCACGGCAACGUGUGUGUGUAUUUAUUUGCAGCACAGGGUGUGUGUGGGUGCAUGUGUGGGUGUGUUUUCUGAGCCGCCCCCCUCAGUUCUGUGGCCGAUGAGGCUCCUCCGCUCUGGACAUCACCGUUUUAUGGAUUAAUGUCUCUGCCAAUUAACUUGUCGCGUUCAGUACACGUUUUGCUCUUCCCGCCAACCGUAAUCACGGCAAGGGACUUUUUUAGGCACUCCUACGCAUGUGAAUGACAUGCAGCGUAAUUCUGCUUCUUACAGAAGUAUCACCGACAGUAUUGUUUCCAAUAUUAUUUGGUCUAUUACACACAUCUUUUUAUACACGCAGGUCCAUCCGUCCUGUGCCAGUGAGUGCCAUCCAGACACGGUCUCUCUCAAGGGGCCUUGCUCCGAAGGGUGCAGCCCUUUGCUUUCUCUCGUUCGAGGCCCAUUCUUGUAGACAGCACGGGUGUCAUUUCGCGUGGCGGUCCCGGAGCCUGUCACCCCAAACCAAAGCGAAAUGGAGCAUUUCUCACGACCUGGUAUUGAAGUUACUUUGUGUUCUCCGAAGCCGCGGAUGGGAUUGUAUGACACUGUCCCCUAGUCCCGUAAAGUAUGUUACGUGAACCACAGUGAUGCUGUACUUUUCUUACUAUUUACCGGAAUUAAAUGUGGACCCCCCUAUGACCGGUCCCCAAAA